UCCCAGUUGUCGGGAACGCAUCAUGCGCAUACUACCCCGGUAGUGGCUACGUGUAAUUGAGAGCAAAAUGGCAGAUAGAAAAAACAAUAACGUUCCUAACCCCGGCGCAAAUUUGUUAUUUAGUGGGGCUCCGGAGUUUAACUUUAAUUUGCCUUUUAUACCAGUGAGUCAAGCCUCCGAUCCGGCGGUGCUGUCAGGAGAGGAUUCUACUGAAGUUGGCGAGGAAGACAGCUUUUUGGGACAGACUUCUGGAAACGCACAAGCUCCUUCCACCUUCAGCUACUUCUCUAACCCAGUAACCAGCAGUGACCCGUUUGCUUCUAUUGGCCAAACAUCAUGCCCGCCACCAUCAUCGUCCGCAGUAGCAACAGCACCCAUGUGUGCCGUCCCGGCGUCUGUUCCUAACAGUGUUAACAUGGCCCCGCUGAUGCCUCCAAAUUCACAGUUGAACACGACUCCUCCUGUUUUCGCCAAUACGGUAUUUCAAAGCCCGAUGGGCCGCCACACUCCUCCCCCCGGUACAAUGACCCCACCACCUCCACAGAUGCAACCACAGAGUCAUAAUCCAUAUAGACACACGGCCACCAGCAGCAAAGCUAGUCCCUAUAUUCCAGCUCCAGAAGUCCUGCCGCCAAGCCACACACCCCACGCAUCACCCUACAAUCCCUACUCGGUCACCUCAGGGUCACAAUCAUUCCCGCUGUCGGGACCCGCAAUCACAAAGCCUCCUCCCACUCACAUGCAGGCAUCACCACCACCACCUCUCCCAGCCAAUCCUACUGGUGCACUGGUGCCUGCUGGGCCCAUGAUGCAGUACAACUAUAAUGUAUAUGAGCCCAUUCAGCCACACUGGUUCUACUGCAAGCUAGUGGAAUCCAAAAGUGUAUGGCUUCCUUUCAGUAUCAUUGACUCCCUCCAGCUUGAGGAGACGUAUAACUCUGUUCAGCCAGACCCAGAAAACGUGAUCGUACGCACCGACGGAGGUCGGUUUGAUGUGCACCUCUACGACCGCACGCGAUCAGCUGUUUACUGGGAGGAGGAGGAUUCGGAGGUUCGCCGCUGCACUUGGUUUUACAAAGGCGACACGGAUAGUCGCUUCACCCCUUACUCUGAGGAGUUCAGCGACAAACUCGAGGCCGAAUAUAAGAAGGCCGUAUCCACCAACCAGUGGCACCGCAAACUGGAGUUCCCAUCUGGUGAAACCAUUGUCAUGCAUAAUCCAAAGGUGAUAGUGCAGUUCCAGUCCUCCUCCAUGCCCGAUGAGUGGAGCACAAACCCGGAAGGACAGAGUCGGCCCAGAGUGGUUAAGAGAGGGAUUGACGAUGAUCAUGAUCAAGUCCCCGAUGGUGAGCUUGCCAAAGCGGACCAUCUUGUGUUCAUGGUUCAUGGAAUUGGUCCCGUGUGUGACCUGAGGUUUCGAAGCAUGGUUGAGUGUGUGGACGAUUUCCGCAGCGUGUCGCUGAAGCUGCUGCAGAGUCAUUUUAAGAAACCUUUGGAUGAUCACGACAUCAGUCGGGUGGAGUUCUUGCCUGUCCAUUGGCACACAGCUCUACAUGGAGAUGCCACAGGGGUGGACAGGAGAAUCAAGAAAAUCACAUUGCCCAGCACUGGGAGAUUACGUCACUUUACAAAUGAGACCUUGUUAGAUGUGCUGUUCUACAACAGUCCUACAUACUGCCAGACCAUCAUGGACACAGUUGCCUUUGAGAUUAAUCGACUUCAUGCACUGUUCAUGGAGAGAAACCCUGAUUACAAAGGAGCAAUAUCCGUUGCUGGCCACAGCUUGGGGUCCCUUAUUCUCUUUGACUUGCUGUCGAAUCAAAAGACUGACAUGACCCCUCCUGCAGUACCCGCCGUUAACGGAGAAGCCAAGCAGGUGGCAGCCCCAGUUCCACAGCCUGUGGAGGAAGAGCUCAAAGAAGAGGAGUUAGAGGACCUUUCCGCUGUGCUGGAACAUCUCGGCCUGUCAGAGUACAAGAACACCUUUGACGAGGAAAAAAUUGAUAUUGAAUCUUUUCUCAUGUGUACAAUCGAAGACUUGAAGGAGAUGGGAAUUCCGCUCGGCCCUCGGAAGAAAAUUGCUAGAUUUGUCAAAGAAAGAGUGACAAAACAGGAGAAGAAAGCUGAGGUUCAAGCGGUCAGUCAAGUUGUUGAGCCUGUACAAGCUGCUGAGACAAGUCCUGAGAAGAAUCUGCCUGCGGGCGUCUCUUCAAUCCACGUGGACUACAACUACUUUGAAGUUGGCACUGGCCAGGUGUCUGUGGUCUACCACAAUCUCGACUUCAGCCCAGCAAAUUUCUUUGCUCUGGGUUCUCCAAUCGGCAUGUUCUUGACUGUCAGAGGCUUGGAGAAGAUUGAAGAGAACUAUCAGCUGCCAACCUGCAAAGGAUUCUUCAAUAUUUAUCAUCCGUUGGACCCAGUGGCAUAUAGGAUUGAGCCCAUGAUAAUACCAGACUUGGAAUUGAAACCUUUUUUGAUACCUCAUCACAAAGGAAGGAAAAGGCUGCAUCUCGAGCUGAAGGAGAGUCUCUCCAGAAUGGGCUCGGACCUGAAGCAUGGUUUUAUCAGUUCGUUGAAGAGCGCGUGGCAGACACUCAACGAAUUUGCUCGCGCCCACACCUCGUCUGCUCAACUUCAGGCAGAGUUGGCUAUGGUGGCCAAUCAGAUUGAAGAGCAGGAGAAAAGAGCACAAGAUUUUUCAGAGCAAAAAAACCCAGAGAUCCCCGAACCACAAAAAGAAGAGGAGGUUCAGGUCAGAAUCGGGAUGCUGAAUGGAGGCAAUCGGAUCGACUUUGUCCUGCAGGAGAAGCCCAUUGAGAGUUUUAAUGAGUACCUGUUCGCCCUCCAGAGUCAUCUUUGCUAUUGGCAAUCUGAAGACACGGCUCUGCUCAUCCUCAAGGAGAUCUACAAAAGCAUGGGGGUCCAACCAGAACACACGGUGUUUGGCUGAGCGGAAGACAAUAUCUAUUAACUAAAUGAAACAACUACAUAAAGUUGCAGUAACAUUCAUGAAGAUCACACAUCAUUGUGAGAGUAAAAUGACUACCCACCUGCCCCUUCUUGGUUGACUUCAUGUCUCUGUCAUCUGACUAGUCUGGAAUAAAAUUAAAGGAGUCUGCAAGAGUUAAAACAUCACAACAUAGUUUAAAAAAAUAAUAAUUCACAUGGAUUAAAGACAUAUUGUAAAGUAUUUACAUGAAUGUACCAUUACUGGGAAUAAAUAGCGGCAAUAAACCAGCCGCACAGGGCAAAAACAA